UCACUUACUCUGUUGUCCACACAAUCAGACAAGGGGAAUCUGCCAUCUCCUUCAACACCAUGAUUCUACACUUCAUAUAUGACAGCCUUGAUUUUAAAAGCUCAGUCAUUUUGAUUUUUGUUUUAUUGAUUCUCGUGGAUAUCAUCGAAAAUAAGAAUCCUCCCAAUUUUCCCCCAGGACCAUGGCCUGUACCAUUCCUGGGAACUAUCUUCACUAAGAUGGACUUUAAGACCAUGAAUAAGUUGACCGAAGUCUAUGGGAAGAUAUUCAGCGUAAGAGUGGGCAGUCAGAAAAUGGUAAUUGCAUCUGGAUAUAAAAUAGUAAACGAGGCCCUGAUUCGCCAAUCUGACACCUUUGCUGACCGUCCAGAUCUCCCUCUGUUUAACAAAACUUUUAAUGCUAUUGGUGUGGCGCUGAGUAAUGGAUACCCAUGGCACAUGCACAGGAAGUUCACUGUCUCCCAUUUGAAAACCUUUGGAGAUGGGAAACAAAGCCUUGAGUUUGGUAUCCAACAAGAGUGUGUCUACCUUUGUGAUGCCUUUAAGGCAGAAAAAGGACCUUUCAAUCCUCUGUUCAUUACAAAUGGUGCUGCCUCAAAUAUCGUUGCCUGCUUGAUACUUGGACACCGCUUUGAGUAUCAUGAUGAAAAUUACCAAAACAUACUUCGCCUGGACACUGAAUGCUUUAAGUUAACAGGCUAUACAAGAGCACAGCUGUACAAUGUGUGUCCUCGCCUCUUUGACUACUUACCUGGCCCCCACCAAACAAUUUUUGAGAACUAUAGGAAGAUUAAAUGUUUUCUGAGUGGAGAGGUCCGAAAACACAGAGAAGACUGGGACCCUUCAAACCCUCGUGACUAUGUAGACAAUUACCUGGCAGAGAUAAAAAAGAAAGAGAGUGAUCCUGAGGCUGGUUUUAACAUAGAUGGAUUAGUGGUGACUUGCCUAGACCUAAUUGAGGCUGGGACAGAGACUGUUACAACAACAUUACGCUGGGGUCUGCUUUAUAUGAUAAAGUUCCCAGAAAUACAGGAAAAGGUCCAGGAAGAGAUAGACAGGGUUAUUGGACAGUCACGUCAACCUUGCUUUGCUGACAAAGUUAACAUGCCGUACACUCAUGCUGUUAUCCACGAGAUUCAAAGAUUUGGCAAUGUUCUGCCACUGGGAUUCCCUAAACGAGCAACUAAAGACACCACACUAGGGGGAUACUUCAUUCCUAAGGGCACCUCUAUUACAACAAACCUGUCUUCAGUCCUGCAUGAUCCAGAAGAAUGGGAAACACCAAACACCUUUAACCCAAAACAUUUCCUGGAUGAACAUGGCCAGUUUCGGAAGAAAAGUGCUUUCCUACCAUUUUCAGCAGGAAAAAGAGCGUGUUUAGGAGAGCAGCUGGCUCGCAUGGAGCUCUUCAUGUUCUUCACCUCCCUGCUGCAGCAGUUCUCUCUCUCUAAAAGUCCAGAUGAGGAACCCAGUUUGGAUGGCGAGAUAUGGUUUACAUAUGCUCCUGCUCCAUACCGCAUUUGUGUGUCACCACGUUAGAGCUUAUGUUAACGUACAGUCCAACAUAAAGUAUUUGCAAAAAUGUUAAAUAAAGUUUUCACAAAGUCUUAAUGCUAAUAAUUUCUUAUGAUGUA